AUGUCGAACUUGGAGUCGGAUAGAGGUGCUCACGUUGUGGUCAAGAUAUUUCAGGAGAGCGCCUUUCGUCGUCCAGAAUACUUUGACAAGGAUGAUAUCGAAUCAGGAUAUUGGCGCACCGGAGCAAAGCAGGCGAGAGCGGAAGCAUUGGCAUAUGUGUACAUGAGGUCACUCCAAGAUGUCAAGCUCCCACAUGGUGAGCUCACCCACGCCCAUGUCAUGGAAUUCGUCGACGGGAAGCCUGGGCGGCUUACCCGCCUCCGAAAUUGCACCAACCAGGAUCUCUGGACAGUAAUGGACGUGAUGGCAUCCUGCCUGUAUGCCGUCGUCAAAUGCGGCGUUGUGCAGAAGGACGUCACCUGCGAGAACAUGAUCAUCCGGCCAGGCGCCGCUCAGCCUGUCGUGUUCGUCGAUUUCGCCGCCAUGCAGUCGCUACGGUCACCAAGCGUGGGCCCAGUGCGGGAGCCCGAGCUGAUCGAGUGGGACGUCUCCAACGACGUCGCAUCCUUAGUCCGUGCUUUUCGUAAGAUGGCGGUGCAGAUGUCCGACAUCGCAGCGUGGCUGGAGGAUCGCGCGCACCGGGGCGCGCCCUGGACGCGGCUGUUCGCGUUCCUCACCGAGAAGAUGCCCAGGUGGUAUGACCUGUUCGCCAUCGAGACGGACGAAUUCAUUGCGCUCAACCCGGAGGUGGAGCAGGAGGCGCGGUGA